CCCGGGAGGAGCAGGAGCUGGAGCCGGAACCCUGCGCGCUCCGCGCGCCUGCCUGGCCCGGGGCGGGGAGGCUCCGGGGACCUGGCCGGGGCUGGGCUAUGCAGCGCCCGCAGGCGGACGCGGCCGCUCUGCUCCGCGCCAGCAGGCUGUUGGCCGAUCUGUCCCUGGCCGAACCGGGCUCGGACGGCUGGUGCCGGGGGCGGCAAGGGCAGCGGCCUGUGCCCCCGGAGGAGGCGGCCCCCGCCCGUUCCUGGAGGGUGGACGGCGGCGGCUGCCCAGAGCCCGGCGGCUUUCUAGAGCGCGGCCAGCGCCGGGCCGCUUACGAGGUCCCCGGCGCCCGCCUGACCGUCCCCUCUCCGGAGCCUAGCGCCAAGGCCGCGGGCAGCUCCCGUGGGGCCAGCCUGGCGGACUCGGAGGGCUGCGGGAGCCGACCCUGCAGCGCUCGCACCAGCGGCAUUAGCCUGGGCUACGACCAGCGACACGGCAGCCCGCGCUCCAGCUGCUCCGACCCCCGGGGGCCUGGGCCAUCCGAGCAGCCCCUGGACGCUGCGAGCCCCGGGCUGGCCCGGCUCGGCGCCGCCCCCGCCCGCCCCGCCUGGUGCGGAGGCCCCGUGGCCGGUGGCAGCGCCCGCUCCAGCGUCUCCAGCCUGAGUUCCCGGGGCUCGGCGGGUGCCCAUGCCGACCUGCUGCUGCCACCAGCCCCCGCACCCUCGGGCUCGGCUGGCCUUGCCCAGCCAGCGGCCGGAGCUCGGCUUCAGCUGCCCUUCCAGGUGACCGCGGCCCGGGAGGGCGGCCCUAGCCCCGUGGAGCGGAGGCUCGAGGCAUUGACCCUGGAGCUGGAGAGGGAGCUGGACCAGAGAUCGAAGAAGGAGUAUUUCGGAGUUUGUAUAAAGUGCAGGAUGGGCAUCUAUGGUGCAAGUCAGGCCUGCCAGGCAAUGGGGAGCCUUUACCACACCAACUGUUUCACCUGCUACUCCUGCGGGAGAAGACUCCGGGGAAAGGCCUUCUACAAUGUAGCUGGGAAAGUCUACUGUGAGGAGGACUUCCUGUACUCAGGGUUUCAGCAGACAGCUGACAAGUGCUUCGUGUGUGGACACCUCAUCAUGGAGAUGAUUCUCCAGGCCCUUGGGAAGUCCUACCACCCCGGCUGUUUCCGAUGUGUUGUAUGUAAUGAGUGCUUGGAUGGCGUCCCUUUCACCGUGGAUGUCGAGAACAAUAUUUACUGUGUCAGAGAUUAUCACACCGUUUUUGCACCCAGAUGUGCCUCAUGUACCCGACCUAUCCUUCCUGCAAAGGGCUGUGAAGAGACCAUCCUGGUGUCAAUGGAUAGAGAUUAUCAUGUGGAAUGCUAUCACUGUGAGGAUUGUGGGCUUCGUCUGAAUGAUCAAGAAGGCCGCCGCUGCUAUCCCUUGGAGGGCCACCUGCUGUGUCGAAGCUGCCACAUGGGACGCCUCCCCACCCCGGCCCUGACCAACUAUACUAUGCAUAUGACAGAGCUCUGAUGGACACCUUAGUGAUCAGAGCUUAGGUCUAGGCUCAGGGGAAUUUUUUCAGUUCCUAAACCAGGUGCUUCUUUAGGCAGAAAUGAGGUGAGGGUCUCUCCCCUACCUGCCACCCAGGAGGGUUUCUGGACCAGAGUAGGGGCCUUCCCGCUGUUCCCCUCAGACAUAUAUGGCCCUCUUCUUUCUGGGCUUUUACAUCCUGAGAAAUAACUGUGGAAUGGAACCAGUUCCUACAAGUUUCUUCAUACUAGGGCUGGGCUGGGCCCUAUACGCCCUUGCCAUGUAUUAAUUUGUGCCACUUUUUCCUUUUGAUUCUAGAGUGGCAGCCUUGUGGCUCUAUCCCCAUAGGUCCCUGAAUCAGCAAACCCUGGGCUCCAAGCAUGUGGGAUUGCUGAAAGUGGGGAUGACCUGGGUCCUGUGGAGCCCAAGUUAGAGCACCUUCAGUCUUCCAGGAUGUGUUCCACAGUCCUGUGGGAGUUUUGAGCUCUUAGCUUGUCUCUGUCUUCAAGUUUGAGUGGUCUCUUCACCUUCCUUCCCAAAUAAACAUUCUAGUCUCAGGGAUUCCAGAACCCAACCUGGUUUGGUAGAGGAUCAUUGAUAGUGGAGGUCAGACAGAUGGAUGGAAAGGAUGCCUGGAUUCUGAAAGGGGGCAGGUUGGGUAUUGGAAAUAUCCUUUUUUGGUAUAAAUUUUCAUUACUCUCCUGGGACCACUUCUUUCAGGAAGUCUAGUGGACCAUGUUGGUUGCUACCCAGUGGUGGUUCUGUAUUGUUAUUCUUUCAAGACCCACUGUCUCUGAGCUUUUCUCCCCUGCUCUGAAGCAGGUUGCAAUUGUAAUUGUCCCCAUGUCUCUUCAUAGGCCAUCCCUGAGCCUAGUGACUGCAAGGGCAGAGAGCUCUAGGCCAUGGCCAGAUAGGAUCAGGCUCCAUAGGCCAGAGUGAGGUGCUCUUGGGGAUCGUGCCCUUACACGUUAUGGUACAUUGCCCAAGGCAGUAGUGCUAUAGAUGGACCAAGGAAGGCAGGAGGCAUUGUCUUCAGGCACCCUCUUGGCCUCUCUUGGCUUUGUUCCUACCUCUAGCCAGGAUAUAGAUGAGAGAUGAAGUAUGCAGGACCAGGGAACAGUAUGUCUGGGUGGAGUUAGGAAGCAUGGAGUGCUGCAGAGUUUUGGGGGAUUGUGGUGUGUUUGUAUAUCUUCCAAAGGAGGGCAACAUAUUUCAUGAGUAUGAGUGCUGUGUGUAGCGGUUGCAGUAUAAUGUGUUUGCAUGUGGCUAGAGAGGGUGAUGUGUUAGUGUGUGGUUCAAAGCAUGCCUGGUUAGGGUGAAUGUUGUAUGGUUGGGACAGAUGACAUGCUUGUACAUAAUUGGGAAGGGUAGUGUGCCUGUGUGUGCUGGCAGAACAACGAAAAACCAGCUGUUAUUUGCCCAUGUCUUUUCCUAGGUUUCCUGUUAACUACUACAUAGUGUUCAAAUCAGGCAGUGCAGGAGGUAGUUAAGGGAGAGAAGCAGCUCAGGCAUGGGGGGGGGACGGGACUCUUAGGGAGUGGUUGCAUCCUACAUAGACUUUGAUCUAGUGAAUGUGGAGGAUCAAGUAGACUUUUCUCGGGGGUGAUAAAGGAGGUGGUCCAGUGGUCCAUUCCUUCUUCACUACAGGCUAGGAGCAGUCCCUUCCUUAUCACUGCUUUAUCAACAUCCUUUGUCACCUUUCCUGGCCUUUUUUGGUCCCAGCCUGAAGUUCCUGGACUCCAAGGUGCCAUUGUGGUUGGCUAAGGUGUGUGUGAGUGGCAGAGUCUGUGUGUGUCCUGGUUCAUGUAUAUGGUUAUGGCAGUGAUUGUGAUUGUAUGUGUGGCUCUGACUAGGGGCUGAAUCUAAGGGCACAGCUUCCUGAGGGGACUUUAGCUAUCAAGACUCCACAAGAAGAAGGAUUUUGAGGGAAGUAUAGGAAGGGAACACACAGAAGACCCUGUUUCCUUGUGCUACAGAAGAAGUGUAUUUACAACUUCAUUGUAUAGCUGAUGGCAGGACAAAGGCCAUAAUUUGACUUAAAUUAAGUUUUUUUCCUUUGAGAAUAUUUUCAUUUUCUUUAAAAGAAUAUAGUUUUCUUCCAAGAACUUGGACCAAGAUUGUUUCUGAAACUUUGUAGGAAAUCCUCUAAAUGCCCAGUUUGUAUAUUAUGAAGCUGGUUUGUGCAGGGCACACAAUUCAGUUUAACUAUUUUUAUAUGAAUUCUUCUGUCACCUCAGAAUGUGCUUCUGCCUCCUCUGAGGCUUCAGAGCAUAGGGGAAUGGGGAGGGGGGAGUGGGGUGCUUUCAUUUCUGUGCCCAAUUCCUUUGGUCUUUAAGGAAAUGGAAUUUUUUGGGAAAAACAGAUUUAUUUAUUUAUCUAAAAGAUUUGUUCAUCCUUUUUUUAAAUUAUCACUGGGAUUUUGUUCUGUCCAAUAAACAUGUUUUACAGCUG